GAGUGACCGUAUCUGGGUGGGUCUGGCUGCAGGAGAGCUGUGUGGCUGCCCCCUCUAGUGGGAGGAGAACACUGACAAGGAGUUUAGGAUGGGACGCUGAGUAACUUGAAGUUCUCUUCCCAGCUGUUACAUGCUAGUGUGAUACUGACAUGCGGAGCAGCAGCCGCCUCCAUGCCCCUGUGUCUAUAGCUGCACCCUGCACACCCCUUUCCGCAGCAGCACCUCAUCUCUCUGGGAGCCCCCCCUUCACAUCAUUCCCCAGCCAGGGGCAAGGAGCAUGGAGGAGCCAUCCCCUCUGAGAGUGCACGGGGCAUUCCUGCAGGCUGCCUGAGAUAAAGUUCCCUGCACUUGUUAAAUGUGGAGAGAAGUCCUGUAAGCAGCGUGUCACUUACUGGGGGAAGAUGAGGACCUGGACAGUGGCUGUCCUCUUAGCAUGGUGCACGGUGUUGCUGCAGGAGGUGCUGGGCAGGAGGCUCCCCAUGGACACUGGUCAGUGUGGGCUGCCCAAGUCGCAAUCGGAGUUGAACUCUUUCUUAUGGACCAUCAAGAGGAAUCCACCUGCCUAUCUCUUUGGAACCAUACAUGUGCCUUACACCAGAGUCUGGGAUUUCAUUCCACAGAACUCCAAAAAAGCUUUUCAGGACAGCAGCAAUGUGUAUUUUGAGCUGGACCUGACAGAUCCAUACACGAUCUCGGCACUGGCCAGCUGUCAGAUGCUGCCUCAGGGGGAGAAUCUACAGGAUGUCCUGCCAAGGGACCUGUACCGGAGACUCAAGAGGCACUUGGAGUAUGUGAAGUUAAUGAUGCCUCACUGGAUGACUCCGGAUCAGAGGGGCAAGGGUCUCUAUGCCGAGUACCUUUUUAAUGCCAUCGCUGGGAACUGGGAGAGGAAGAGGCCCGUGUGGGUGAUGCUCAUGGUGAAUUCUCUGACAGAGUCUGACAUUCGCUCUAGAGGUGUCCCAGUUCUGGAUUUAUACUUGGCUCAAGAAGCCGACAGGAUGCGUAAGAAAACGGGAGCUGUGGAGAGAGUGGAGGAGCAAUGCCACCCACUCAACAGGUUAAACCUGUCCCAGGUUUUAUUUGCUUUAAACCAGACAUUACUGCAGCAUGAGAGUCUGAGGGCGGGAAGCUUCCAAGCCCCCUACACGACGGACGACCUCAUAAAACAUUACAACUGCGGAGACCUUAAUUCCGUGAUCUUCAACCACGAUACUUCCCAGGUCCCAAAUUUUAUCAACACCACUCUCCCAACAAACGAUCAGGUUACUGCUCAGGAGAUAGACCUGUACUUCAGACAGGAGCUUAUUUAUAAAAGGAAUGAAAGGAUGGCGAGAAGGGUGAUGGGACUCCUAAGGGAAAACCAGGACAAGAGUUUCUUCUUUGCAUUUGGUGCAGGACAUUUCCUUGGAAAUAAUACUGUGAUUGAUGUUCUAAAACAAGUUGGAUAUGAGGUGGAGCAUACCCCGGCAGGACAUCCGCUUAAGAAUACAAACACAGCUGAUGAGCUGGUGACAGAUGCCCCUUCAUUGAGGUACUUUGACCACAUGCCCUUCACAUCAUCUUUCCCUGAAGAUUCAGAUGAUGAGCUACUGCCACCUCACCUCCUUCUACCAGACAGUAUUAGCCAGCUGGAAGAAUUUGGGAAACAGAGCAACUGGCACCGGAAAUACCACAGAAACCAGCGUAGGCGGCAGUUUAAUGACCUCUGGGUCCGCUUGGAUGACAGUACAACCACAAUGCCUUCGAACACCAGAAAUAUCAAUGGAGAGGAGACUGCAGAGUCACUAAUUUGGCUCACCAAGCAGAAAGAUGGACAGACUGAUGUGUAUGUGGAGCUGUCGAACGUACGAAGCAGUACAGACUGCAAGCGCAUCCCGGCUCUCUCCUCCAUUUUACCUGUUAUAUUAACAUUAUGGAUCAUCACAGUGAUGAGAAUUACGUCUUGACACGGAGCUCUGCAGAUCCAGUCGGCACAUUCUUCAACGUAUAAUCCUGCCAUGAACUUUGCCUGGAUAAAUUCGCAAUGAAAGAAAAUAAAAAUCAGUCAAUGCAACCAAUUAAAAAAAUAUAUAAUAGUAUUAAUGGAAGAGAAAAUAAUUAUUGUUUUGCCUCCAGUUAAGACUUUUCCUUCGUACAGUUCAGAGUGGAGACGGCCAUUUUGUUUUGAGUGCUUAACCGAUAUUAAUGAGAAUGUGAACUAUACAUUCACAGUGACACCAUUGGGAAACAGUGACAGCAUUGAGAAAUGUAGCACAAAUUGCCAACUACCUCAGUGAUCGUAUUACUUAAGCCCACAAAAUGGCUGCGUCCACUGUGUUGUUGGCAAUCGGUGCCCUGUGUUACAGUAUUGAAUUAUUACAACAUAAAUAGCCAUGAACCUCAGUGUCUGUGUGUAGUGUAUAUAGUCAGAAAGGCUGGAUAUAAGAGCACAGCACGGAAAUAUAGUUUCUCUAACGUCCUAGUGGAUGCUGGGGACUCCGAAAGGACCAUGGGGAAUAGCGGCUCCGCAGGAGACU